AAAUAAUCUAGCAACAUCAAUUUCAUACAAUAAAAACCUUCAAACCUUUUUGCACAAAAAAAAAACCUUCAAACCUCCAUCUUCCCAGGGCAGAAACAAAACAAUCAGUCUAACUAAGUGAAGAACAUGGAGAAAGUGUGCUGCAUGUGCGGCGACGUCGGCUUUUCCGACAAGCUCUUCCGCUGCGCACACUGCCGCAACCGCUUCCAACACUCUUAUUGUAGUAAUUACUAUAGUGAGUUUGCGGAGCCGACAGAGAUUUGCGACUGGUGCCAGAGCGACGACAAAAAGCUGUGCAGCGUUGCUAAACAAGGCGCAUCUUCAAGGAAGAAGAAGGCUUCUUCCUCCGUAAAUUAUGAGAGAGGGGUCACCAACCGAUCGGAGUAUACUUCCGGUGGCGGGAUCAAGCAUGACAAUAACCAUCACGAUCGAGUGGCCAAGAGCGUUGCCGGACCUGCAGGAGGCGAAGUGCCGUCGCCGAGGACGGCCACGAGAAGGUACAAGCUUCUCAAGGAUGUCAUGUGUUAGAUCAAUUUCUUAAAGAGAGCUUACAGUAUAAUA